AUGGUCGUAUUAGCUGCUUCAAUUACUACCAGUAACGGUAAACCAUUGCUAUCAAGACAAUUUAAAGAUCUUUCCAGAGAUCGUGUCCUCGAAUUACUAUCUAAUUUCCAAAAUUUGGUAUCUUUAAAACAUUCUUCAAAUCAUACUUUUGUUGAAGAUGACCAUGUCAGAUACGUCUACAAACCAUUCGAUGACUUCUAUAUUAUCCUAAUCACUAACCGCCAAUCGAAUAUCGUCCAAGAUCUAUCAACUUUAAACCUUUUCUCUCAAACAAUCAAUGCAUUUUUAAAUAACCAAUUUGAUCAGUAUGAAAUUUAUAAUAAGGCCUUUGAAAUCUUAAGUUCAUUCGAUGAAAUCGUCUCAAUGGGUGGAUACAAGGAACAUUUAUCUUUAAAUCAAGUCAACACUUACAUUGCUAUGGAAUCUCAUGAAGAAAAGAUACAAGAAAUCAUUGAACGUAAUAAAGAAAUUGAAGCCACGGAAGAAAGAAAACGUCGUGCAAAAGAAAUUGCAAGAAAGGAACAGGAAAGAAAGAAUGGUAUGAUUUACCCAUCAGGUAACGAUUUCACUGCAGGUGCAAAUGCUUCCAAUUUGAAUAACGCUUAUAACAGUUAUUAUAGUCAUGCUUCUCCAGCUGCUCAACAAUCGUACUUGAAGCAACAACAACAACAACAACAUCAUCAUCAGCAACUACCGCAAUCAAUUCCAAACUCAGGACCUCGUGCGGGAAUGAAAUUGUCAGGUUUAGGUAAUAACAGUAAUAUUAAUGCAAAAAGGCUAAAUACAUCUCGUGUUCAAACAUCUUCUCCAAGUAUAAACAACAUAUUGGAACAAGAUGAAAAACCAAUAGAAAAUAAUGGUAUCUUAAUCCAAAUUAAUGAAACUGUCAAUUCCGAAAUUAAUCGUGAUGGUACCGUUCAAUCUUCAGAAUUGAAAGGUUCUCUUGAAUUAAGGAUUAACGACCCAGAAUUAGCUCAUGCAACAAUAAAAUUAGCUGAUUCGAUGAACGUUAAAGAUCGUACAUUCCAGUUCAAGACGCAUCCAAACAUUGACAAAAACUCAUUUUUAAAUAAUAAAAUCAUCUCAUUAAGGGAUAAAUCAAAAUCCUUCCCAUCAAAUGACCAUAGUCUAGGUGUAUUAAGAUGGAGAAAAAUUGGUUCUGCAGGUGAUAAAUCACUAAUUCCAUUGGAGGUCUCUACAUGGGUCACGGAAAAUAGUUCAAAUAAAUUCGAUGUUACAGUCGAAUUCGAACUUAACAAUGAUUUAGAAGAGAAAUUAGAUUCCAUUGCUAAUUUAUAUUUCACGAUACCUGUUGCAAAUGGCUCCAUAUCUAUUAAUGAAGAUUCUAACGAUUUCAGCGCCUCCAUUGUUAACGUUGAUGAUGAAUUUGGUACUACCAUUAAAGUAGAAUCUUCCCUAGAAAGAGGACAGUCAGGUCUAAUCAGUUUCAGUGUCAAUGCAGACGGUGAAGAUUCUCUUUUCCCAAUUAAUGUUUCCUAUAAAAACUACAAUAUUAAAGAGAAUAAGAGUAUCAGUGGCGUUGCCAUCGAAGAUAUUGUCAAUAAUGAAGAUUCGGCCUUCCCAUAUGAUUCGGUGGCAAACUUAACUACUGAAGAAUACAUUAUCGUAUAA